CUUGUUGCGUUUGUAAGAUAAACAGUCUUCGACUAUCAUUUGCCCAAGAAGGACAAUUAUAGCUUUGAGUCUCCGUCAACAAACUACAUUCUUUAAAAAAAUGAAAUUCACUUUAGUUUUGAUUGCAGUAAUCGGUUUCAUCGCCGUAGUGAGUGCUGAAUCUGAAGAGAAGACUAAUGCUGCAGAUGAUACUUCUCGAGACAAGCGCGGGUACGAAAAUGGGCACGGGGGUGUGACAAAUAUUGGAUACGGAGUUGGUUACGGUGGUGCUGCAGCUAUCGCCCAGCAAGCUGCCAAUGUGGCCAAGGCAGCUCACAAUGCUCAGUACGCCGCUGGAGCCCAAGCUGCUCAUCAAGCUAAGGCUACACUAGCAGCCCAAGCAACCCUUGCAGCUCAACAAGCUCAAGCUAUUGUAGCUGCGAAACAAGCACAAGCCGCCCAGAUAUCUCAGGCUACACAGGCCGCACAGGCCGCUGCGUUUGCCGAAUCAGCCCAAGCUGCUCAAGCCGCCCAGGCUGUUCAAUCAGCUGAAGCCACUAAGGUCCAGGCUUUACAACAGGCUCAAGCAUUGAUGGCGGCUGCAAAGGCUGCCCACGCCCAUGCCGCCCAAGCGAUUGCUUCUUUACACGCCGCUCAAGCCCAGCAAGCUUCUCAAUCUCAAAUGGCCUACCAAGCACAAGCAAACGCCCAGGCUUUGGCUUACAAGCAUCAAGCCGCUCUGUCGGACCUGGCUGGGGCCCAGUUCGCAGCAGAGAAGGCCUAUGCUGCUGCCCAGGGUGCGCAAGCUAAUGCAAUUGUCGGACAUGUGCAUGGUGGUCAGGGAUCGUACACAACAGUCCAGAAAACCAUUAGCCAUGUAUCUACUGGUUCUCGCUACUAAACGAUGAACACGCUUUCUAUUUUCUACCGAUCUUGUAACGCAUUUCAACCAGGGGUUGAACAGCGUAAUCUAUUGUAGGCUCAAAAUAUUUUUCCCAGAAUAUGUGGAUCAUAACCUCUUAUAUGAUACUAGAAUACUUAUAACAAAUGAGAAAUUAAUUCAGAAAUACAAUUUAUUACAGCAAUGA